UAUUGGCUUUACACUUGAAAACGUACCGGUGGUCUUCUUCAUCUGGUUCUUGAUAUAUGUAAGGACGGAGAAAGGAUGAAGAGUGGGUGGAUGGACUGUUGAAAGAGUACGCAAUUCAUACGAGCCUGUAGAAUCGCAUAACGCAAUACCCAUGGUGGCUAUCCCAGACAGGGCACGUCUGCCUUGAAUCGCCAAGGCGUUUUCUCGGUAUGGUGGAGAAUCAGUGUUGUGCAAGAGAAGAUAGCACGGAAAGCUCUACCCAAAAGGUACGAACCGGUGAUAUACUCCAAAGUGGUGUGACUGCACGACAUUGUCGUCGCGGAACAUAUCGCAGGAACCCGCAGGGCUGUGUAGACAUCAUGUCAAUCUGCUUGUAUCAUGUGCACGCUUUCUCCGCUUGCUUCUUCCUGUUCUCCUACAAACACCGAAGAUUAGCAUCGUCAACCUCCUCAUAGCUCGUCCUUGAUCACUUCUCACAAUGGCAUUCACCAGAACCCUGAUACCUUCAUCCAUCCUUCGUGCUCUCCAAGCACUCUUCGGAAUUAUCGUCCUAGGCUUAUCCGUAACACUCAUCAGAGGCCACAAUCCUCUUCAUUGGACCAUAUCCAAACUACCUACUCUUCUUCCCUUUGCGGCGGCCAUCGGCGGUCUUACUAUUGCUGGUGCACUUGUAGGCUUCGUGCUAUCAUGGACGGAGUUCUUACGAGGUUUCUUCGAGAUACUCCUCGACAUUGCUGUCCUGCUCGCCAAUCUCGUCGGCGGCGUUCUCAUUGCCAUACGACUUAAGGGCAAGAACUGUUAUGACGAGAGCGACCGAAACAGGGUCGGUAACCGUGGAUACCCUUUCAAAGGUAGUCUUGGCAGCAUUGACAUCCUGAACGGCGGAUGCACAGAGAAGAAUGGAGUAGGCAUCUGCUACUAUGCCAGCUGGGCCGACCAGGAAGCCAAGCUUAAUACGCGGUGCAGGCAAAGUCAAGCAAACUCGGUCUUCAUGUUCUUGACAGUGGUGGUGCUGUUUGCGGGACUGACUUUGACGUACCUGCGUAUUAAGAGAACACAUUGA